AUGGAAACGUCCGGCGUUAAGGGAGAGGUGAAAACGGAGCGGUGCAACGAGGCGGAAGCGUCAGCGGUGAUAGAAGCCACAGGAGCCGUGGCGACUGAAGGUACAGAAUCCACGGCGAAAGUUGCAGGAGACGCACCGAUUGAAGCUACAGGAGCCGCGGCGAGUAAAGUCGCAGGAGACGCGGCGAUUGAAGCAGCAGAAAAAGCGGAAAUCAAAGUCGAAAGUGAGCCGGUUGACCAUGUGGAGAGACGAGUGGAAGAAGCGUCAGUUCCGACCGGUGAAGCGAGCGAGGAUGUGAAGAUGGAAGACGUAAACGUCGCGGGCCACGGCAGCAACGAUGCGACUGAUGUCAGCAACCUUCUGACCGAGGCCAGCCAAGGUGCGACUGACGGCAGCAACGACGCGAACAAGGAUGACGACGGCACUGGCGAUGUCGGCGCUGCGAGCGACAAGGAAUGCGACACUGCGAAAGACGACGCCGAGGCGAGGUCCGCAAAUCCCGCUAUGUAUGACGACAGCGCCGCUGAUUGCAGCUCCCCUCGGGCGACGUCUCAAAGGGCUAACGAUGCUUCUGCGAUGUCGCCUCCUAGAGACCCCCCCGCCGCGCUAGGCGCUGAGACCAACGGCGACACGCCUCCGCCGUCAAAGCCUGGCGCCGAUGAGAACGCGGCGCCGUUCACCAUCAGCCAAUGGCAGCAGCUGGAGCAGCAAGCGCUCAUUUUCAAGUACCUCGUCUCCGGCGCCGCCGUCCCUCCUGAACUUAUCGACUCGCUCUAUUCCACCUCGGACUCGCCUCGCCAAUCACCCGACGGCCCUGCGUCGUGGGCCACGCCGCUCAAGGACGCGGAGCCACUCAGAUGCCGCCGCACCGACGGCAAGAAGUGGCGGUGCUCGCGAGAGGCGGUGACGGACCAGAAGUACUGCGAGCGCCACAUGCACCGCGGCCGAAACCGGCUGGGCAAAUCGCGAAGGCUCAGCGACAAGGCGACGGCCGGAUCGUCUCUGUCCAUCCAGGCCGCAUCGUCCGAGGGGCCCAUGGGGUGCGUGGAGGGCACGUGCUCCGCCAUGACUGAGACGUGCACCGACACGCCCUGCCACAAGGGCCUCGUGCCGAAGUUCGAGCUCGGCUCGGUGUCGAAGAUGGAGAUAGGCUCGGUGUCGAAGCUGCGGUUGAACACGGACGAUGUGGGCUCGACUGUUACCCGCGGGUCCCCUCCGCCUCCGCUUGCGCUGCCCCCGCCCGCGCAGCCUGUCGGCGCGGACCAGGCGCACACUCCCGCCUCCAAGACCUCGGGCCUUGGUUGCUCCAAGCAACUCGCCAUUGAGCUGUCCCCAGAGAACACGGGAUCACCCGUCCCGACCAGCCAACAGCCCCACGACCCUGCGUGCACCCCUUCCGCUGCUGCUGCUCCCGCCGCCUCUGCCAGCGCAGUCACUGGCUCCGAUGCCGCUGCAGCCCCGCCGUCCCGUGCCAUGUUCACCCCGUUCGGCCUCCCCGAGCCCACGCCCGCUCCUUCCCCUGCCUCUGCGCCUCCCCCUGAAGCCGCAUCCAACAGUAAGUUGCUCGUCUCUGGCGGCUCCGACAGUUACCAUCCCCAGCAGCAGCAGCAGCAGCAGCAGCAGCAACAGCACCAGCAGCAACAGUCUUUCCAGCAGCAGCUGCAGUUCGGGGCGGAUCCGCGGCUGCAGAAGUCGCAGUCAAUGCCGUGCCACAGCAGCGGCAGCAGCAACGGCCGGAUUCAGCUGCAGCUGAACGGGUCUCUGGGCCCUCGCCUCACCUCCACCUUCCAACCCGGCCACAGCAUUGUGGAAGGUGAUGAAGGCAGCCCCGCCCCCAUGCCUCCGCAGCAGCCACAUCAGCAGCAUGCUCUGAUGCCCUCACGAUCCAUGCCGCCACGCCAACAGCAGCCAGGUGCCUCAAAUGCCCUGUACUCUCAGCAGCAGCAGCCUGCCGGGCGCAUGGGCUCGCCGCCUCGCAUGCAGCGGUCCACGUCGCUGGUGCUGGGCGGUGGGCAGCGGCUGUGCCUGCAGGUGCCGCCCAGCAGCAACGCGCGGAUGCCCGUUUCCUCCAGCGGAAUGGCGCCUGCUGGUGCCGCUGCUGGUGCUGACACUGCUGGCGCUGGUAGUGGUAACGGCGUGGGGCAGCUGCAGCCGGGGCACUACCAGCUGCAGACGGGCGGACGAGGUCCCAAUGGUGUUGCGCCCCUCGGCGGAAGCAACUGGCAGACCCAAGGCCAGCAGCGGCAGUCGCCAGCGCAGCAGCCUUUCCAGCAGCAGCCGCCACCGCAGCAGCCGCAGCAACAGUGGCGGCAGCAGCAGCAGCAGCAGCAGCAGCAGCCGGCACAGCAGCAGUGGCAAGGUCAGUCACAGCAGCCGCAAGACCUUUCUUCCGCGCCCUCUCCUCGGCCGCAGCAGCAGCUGGAGCAGCAGCCACAGCAGCGGUGGUCGACACCGAAUCAGCAGCAGCAGCCGUGGCAGCCCCCGCAGCAGCAGCAGCAGCAGCAGCAGCAGCAGCAGCAGCAAUGGCAGCCGCAGCAGCAACAGCAGUCCCAGGCUCCUUCCCAGCAACCGCAGUGGCAGUCGCAGCAAGCAGGGCAGCAGCAGCAAUGGCAGCAGCAGCAGGCGCCGCAGCAAGGCACCAACGCUCCUUCUCAGCCCGCAGGUGGUAACCAGUGGCAGUCGCAACCAGCCCAGGCACCAAUCGCGCAACAACAGCAGCAGCAGCAGCAGUGGCAAUCCCCUUGCGCAGCACAGCAGCAGCAGACUCCUCGGUCUCAGCAACAGGGCGGGCAGUGGCAGGGCCAGAACCAGCAGUGGCAGCCGGAGCAUGCCAAGCAGGCCCCUGGGCAGGCACCCACGACGCCAGUGAUGCAGCCACAGCAGCAGCAAGGCAUGGGGCAGGCGGGGCAACCACAGCCCCAGCAGACGCCGUACACGCCUCAGCAGGGGCAGUCGAGGCAGGGCGCGGCGCAGAGAGGCGAGGCGUGCAAGUUCAGCUCGCGCGCCCUCGUGCUCAGCGGCGAGCCCGAGUCCCCUGAAACUCACCCUCUCGUCUCCGCCUGCUCUGCUUAUUCUGACGGGGCACCUAAGGCCCAGCAGCCACUGCAGCAGCAGCAGAUGCGGGUGCAGCCAGUCCAAGGGCAGCAGCAACCCAUGAACAUGCAGCAUCAACAGCCACAGCCGCAGCAUCAGCCUCAGCCGCAGGUGUCUGUGCAGCAAGCGCCAAUGCAGCAAGCGCAGGUGAUGCAGCCACAGCCAAUGCAAACCACAGCCAUGUCCGGUCCCUCUCAGCCAAUGCGAGCCCCGCGUGGAUCCAUGCUGCCUCCCCCUCCCCCCAACGCCCAGCCGCCUCUCCAGCAGCAACAGCCGCACUCCCAAACCCUCCCCAUGGCCCUGGGCGGACUCGCCUCCUCCAGCAGCACCACCAGCAGCACCAGCAGCGGUGGGGGCGUGAAGGUGCCUCUGCUGCGGCUGCCCAGCCUCGUCCAGAGGCCGCCCGCCCACCCGUCCCCCUUGGGCCCACCUCCCUCCAGCCUCAGCAGCCACGGCUCUGGGCUGUCGGCAUGCAGCAUGGCAUCUCCCAUCGGCACCCCCGUGGGCAACCCUGUGGGCGCGCCUCACAGCAACCCCCACGUGCUCACGCGCUGCAGCUCCGUGCCUGAGCCCAGGCAUGGGCGGCCGCACCUCAUGCGCUCCCAAUCCAUGUUUGAGUCGCCCCGGAAGAGCUUCGUUGCUGCGCCCACCGACCAGUACUGCCCCCCGCCCCUGGACCUGCUCAAUGGCUCCGAUGCUUGUGGGUACAGCGAUGGGCCGUAUGAGCAGCAGCAGCAGAUGUACCAGCCAGUGCAAUCCCAACAGCAGCAGCAGCAGCCGAUGGGUUACCAGAUGGGGAGUUCCAAUGGAUCCGGUGGUAUGCCACCGAAUCACACCAACAUGCGCCAGAUGAACAACACCCAGCAGCAGCAGCGGUACAGCCCCGCCCCUUCCCAGUCUCGCAUGCACAGCCCUGCACCGCCACAGGCUCCCAUGGGUUCCCAGCCAUCCCUCUCGCAUGCACCCAUGGGUCAGUCGCCCAUGGGGCAGCCCCAGCAGCAGUACUCGCAUGCUGCUCCCAUGCAGCCACAGCAGCAGCAGCCGUUCUACCAACAGUCGACACAAGCAGUGCAAGGGCCACCAGCGCAGCAGCAGCCUCCUCUGCACCAUCAAACCCAGCCCAUUCAGUACCAGCAGCAGCAGCAGCAAGCGCAGCAACAGCAGUAUCAGGCUCAACCCAUGCACAUGCAGCCUCAAAUCCAGCAGCAGCAGUAUCAGCAGCAGCAGCAACAACAACAGCAGCUGCCUGGUCCUCCGCCCAUGCAACAGCAAACCACGUCUCAGCCGUACAUGCAGCAACAACUCCAUCCCACCACCCAGAUUCAUCCUCCCUCUGCCUGUGCUGAUGACCGGCAGCAGCAGCAGCAGCCACCACAGCAGCAGCAGUCUGGACUCUCCAUCGACAUGUUUUUUAGUGACGACAGUCCAUGGGAAGAGGCGUCAGCACUGAUUGGUCGCUCACCCAAUCUGGGUCCGCUGCCGUGUGUGGAUGAUGCUGAUGACUGUGGCCUCAUCAGCGGGCCGCCCUCGCAAUACUUCUCCGUCAACCCCUCCGUCAACCCCUCCGACUCCCAGGAUGCCUUCCUGGCCGCCUGA